GAGACGCAUCGAUAGGAUCCACAGACUGCGAAGCCAGCAAUAAGCACGGACGGAGACAGCCGUAGGCCGUACUGUGCGAAAGUCCCUGCAGUCCAGGCUCUCGGUGUCGCUGCGGCACGAGAAGCGUCUAUCUGGAAGGGCCCCUAGACUAGGCGAUGAUCGUGACAGGCAACAUACCAUAGCGCCCUUCUUCCUUCGAUCUCCAAUGCGUGAGGAACGCCCCCUACGUCCACUCCUGCCAACCACUACGAGAAGAGAAGCGCCACCACCGCAGUCUCGGCGAAGAGAUCGCGUAGCCUCUGCGUGUGAGGAGUGUAGGAUUCGGAAAAUAAAGUGUAACGGUGGGCGUAUAGAGCCAGGGAACGAGGGCGUACGACCGGUUUGUUGGGAAUGUUUAAAGCGUUCCACUCUUUGUCACUACGCCGCGCAUUUGACUGAGACACAAGGCCAAGCAGUCAAACGCAAACAUGAUGCCCUUCGAAUACAGAAUGAGGCAUAUGCUGAACUUUUUGCUCUCAUCCAAACGCGCCCUGAUAACGAGUCGCUCGAAAUUCUCCGGCGUAUCAAAAUGGGUGCUGAUGUUGAGAGUAUCCUUCGUCAUGUCAGAGAUGGAGAUCUGCUCGUGCAGUUGAGUGUAGAGCCAGAGACCAGGUUGAGGUACACUCUCCCAUACAUGGACUCGAUGCCUGCGUUCCUGUUAGUUCCCGACAACCAAUACCUUACCACUUCACUUUACGAAGCAACCUUCAAGCCGCCCAGCUCCUCGCCAGAUACUAUGACCCUCGGCGAACCGAGAACGAGCAAAUUCAAUGCUGUACUUGCUGCUGCUUGUCAAGAUUACAAGGGCAUGCUUGAUCUGGCUAAGUUCUGGAUGCCUGAUAAUCUCCAACCCCGUUUCUUUCUUGAAGCUAAGUGCUUGUGGGAACUAGAAAUGGGUGUCAGCCGUCUCACUUCGAUCCAUACCGCGCAAGUGCUGCACGGUAUCUUGAACGGAAAUGGUAUGAGUACUGUACGGGACUUCUACACCUCAGAAGCUGUUGCCAUGGCGCAUAACUUGCGUAUAUUUGAGCUAGCGCCCGUCCAAAUGAACCCUAGGCUUCGAAGAGGGCGAGAGUUCACUGCAUGGGCGCUUUGGUUAUGGCAAGUCGGUGUGAGCUAUUACUACCGACGCGCACCUUUCAUCAGAGACCCACCGGCAUUCGCAGCACCAGAUCCAGAUGUCGAUCCGGAAUGGUAUGGUGAAGUCUACGUCAGAUACCCUCUGAGCCCAACCGUUACACGCAUGCAGCUUGAUCAUGUGAUGAGAGCAACGAUCGAUCUUCGAAUCAUUAUGAACGAUAUAUCAUUGCUACAGUUCGCGUCUCACGAGCAGAAGGAAUUAUCUCCUGCGCAAGUACUCGAAUUCAAGGUGAGACUGGACAGAUUUCUGCAAAAGCUCCCCCCUACUCUCGCUCCUAGCAGGAUCUCGCUUCCUUGUCAUUUUAACGUCCACCUCUUCCGAGGUCAAGUGAACGCACAAAAGACUAGUUCAGCAUCGCCACGACUUUUCGAUGGAAAAGCAGCACUCCAGAUACAAAACGAAGCCUACAUUCGCUUCGAGACCAUCAUGCGUAUCCGGUAUUUACGGCACAGCUUCGACGCUUACGAUGCUUGGGGUCUUUUGUACCUCAUCUAUCUUGGCAACCUUGCACUUGACUCACUUAGUAAUGAUGGUCACAACUCAGCGAGCGAACUGACCACCAAGGAAGUCACCUGUUCCACCGCUGUACUUUGCAUCAACGGUCUCGUAGCACAGUCGCACUCUGUUUAUGCAGGCACAUUACUAUCCUGUAGUAUGAUCGAGCGGCUCAAGCCAGCCGAGAAGGCCUUGCUUGGCCGCCAUAUAUCCGCCGGUAUUGGACAGGUUGACCAUCCUUUUGAUAGUGAGGCACGUAAUCACAGAAUCUUACAGCCGGCUCCGACUGACUAA